UUAUCAUGUUGUCCCUAGGACUAAAUAAAAUAAAUCUGCGCAUAUGAAAAUAACUCUAUGAACGUGAAGGUGUAGUAUGAUUCCUGAGGUGGGCUUUUGAACGUAUUUUUCAGGGAAACUUGUUCAUAAGUGGUCACUCAGUAAAUGCAACUAAAGAAGGAUUAGGGCUCCAUAGCCAAAGAAUAUCUGUGUUUUGGGCAAAGUGGUAAAUCAGCUAGGCCCAGGAAGCAUUCCUGCAGCGGAGUGUGUGAUUGGGCGGCAGUAUGGCCGUGGUUGAGAGCAUGGGUGGGAGGUGUAAGCUACCUGGUCCCCCACCUUUGGGUUCAUCCUUUGGCUUUUCCCUUAUUGGUUGUGUGACUCCAGGCAACCUCCUUGACUUCCUUGUGCCUUGGUUUCCUCACCUGUAAAGUGAGGCUAAUGAUACCACCACUCACCUGAGGACAGGUGUGGGGGGAAGUGACUUGUCCUUGAGAAGUGCAUGGUGCACGUGGGAAGCUUAGUUCAAUAAAUGAGUGUUAUUAGUAAAAUAAUAUUAUUUAUUACUUUGGCAUAUAGCAUGGAUAUUUUUACUCAGGUGAGGGAGGGAUUGCUCCAGGGUUAGGAGCUGAAAAAGGAUUUUUCUGGAGUUCCUGGUAUCAUUUUUUAUUUUAUUAUGGUAAAAUACACCCAACAUAAAAUUGACCAUUUUAACCAAUUUAAAGUGACAUUCAUUAACCAGUUCAGUGACAUUAAGUACAUUCACGGCAUUGUGCAAUCACCACCACUGUCUAAUUCCAGAACUUUUUCAUCACCCUAAAGAGAAACCCUGUACCCAUUAACAGUCACUUCACAUUCUUCCCUCCCCCCAGUCCCUGGCAACCACCAGUCUACUUUCUGUCUCUGUGGAAUUGCCCAUUCUGGAUAUUUUAUAUAAAUGGAAUCAUACAAUAUGUGGCCUUUUGUGUCAGGCUUCUUUCCUGUAGCGUAAUGGAUUCCAGGUUCAUCUGUGCAUCGUACCUCAUUCCUUCUUACCUGGUGUCUUUGUAGAGCAGCCCAAGCCUCAGUUCCAUCAGGGCUCUUCUCCCAUAUCGUGUCCUGUUUUCAAGCUUUGAAAUGUCUUUCUUCAUUUAUUUUGGUUCUUUUUGGCCAACCUUACUUUUUCCACUUUUCCCAUCUAGUGAUUCUAAUGACCCUUGAAAUGAAUAUUGGAACCGAGCUCUCACGCCAGGUUCGUGGUGCUGCUGGGAGCACAUCUUAUUAGGUAUUUUAUUUCUGCUGAAAAAUUAGCAGCAGGAGCACACAGGGGCCUCGAGUUGUGCUUCAUUUCCCCAGGACAGCGUGGCGGGUUUUAAAAACAUGUGUCUGGAAAACACCCACCAGGACCCUGUUAUUCCUCGGUUUAAAAGCUUUCCACAAUGAGAAGUGGCCCUCAAUUAAGUCGUUUAAUAAAAACCUCCCUGUGUUUUAAAGCAUUCUGGGGAAGUGUUUACAUUUAAUGCCACUGCAGGCUUCUAAAUGAGGAGCUGUAGAGUGAGUGAUCCUUAACCUGUGACUUUAAUAAUGUCUUUGCUUUAGCUUUCCAGGUGGAGGCCUGGGUCAGAUUUGUAGUUGUCGUUGACCCAGACAAUCUUGACUCUGUCCUCCCCCUCCCCCUUCAGUCACCACUGGUAGAAGAUUUGGGGAGGCCUAAAGUGGCAUAGAGAUGUAAAACUAGCUCUCUGGAGAGAGACUAAACUGAUAGGAGGUGAUGUGUUCCUUUCUAUCCUUCCGCCCCCCAUUCUGACCUUGGUAGCAGGGCGGGGGGCUUCAGUGAGAAGAGAUUAAAGCAUUUGGGAGAGCAGCUCAGGGCUCCUGAGAUUCUGGGUCCUUUGGGCGAGGCCUGAGCUUUCAGCCAGGAUUUGGAGCUUUCCUGUGCCGAGGAGGCCCUGGGCCCUGGUAGCCAAGGAGGCUCUGCUUUUUGCUCUGAUUCUGGAGAGUGGGAACAGUGGACCAUGGAGCUGUAUUUCGGUGAAUAUCAACACGUGCAGCAGGAAUACGGCGUCCAUCUGAGACUCGCAAGUGAGGAAACCAAAAAAUCAAGGAAUUCUCAGCACUCUAAGGCAGGCUCCUAUGGUGUCAGUAUUCGGGUACAGGGAAUUGAUGGCCACCCCUACAUAGUCCUGAAUAACACAGAGCGGUGUCUGGCAGGCACAUCUUCUGAAAACGGGCCGUCAUUUCCAUCUCCAAUGAUAAAUAACCUGCCUCUGCAUUCCAGCAAUGGGUCUGUGCUUGAGGAGAACAGUGCAGAAGAACUGCAGCUCCCAGAAAACCCAUAUGCCCAACCCAGCCCAAUAAGAAACCCCAAACAACCCUCUCUCUUUGAGGGCAAGAAUGGAGUUCUGGAACGUAAAGAGGGGCCAAUGAAGCCAUCCCACAUGCUGAACUUCCAGAGACACCCAGAGCUUUUGCAGCCCUACGACCCUGAAAAGAAUGAGUUGAACUUACAAAAUCACCAACCUUCCGAGAGUAAUUGGCUAAAAACCUUAACAGAAGAAGGUACCAACAAUAAGAAGGCUUGGACUUGCUUUCCCAAACCUAGUAGUCCCCAGCCUACCAGCCCUCCUUUGGAAGACCUGGCCAAGUCCAACGUGACGGCCAUUCGUUUAUGCAGCUCUGUGGUCAUAGAUGACCCCAAGAAGCAGACCUCCGUGUGUGUGAAUGUUCAGAGCUGCACCAAGGAGGGGCUGGUCUCAGAGGAGGCCCUUUCCCCUAGCGGGAGGCCCCCAACCGCCCACAGCCCACACACCCACCCCGAACCCAAGAAAACCAGGCCGGAUGUGCUUCCCUUCCGGCGACAGGAUUCGGCGGGACCCGUCCUGGAUGGAGCUCGGUCUCGGAGGUCCUCCUCGUCGUCCACAACUCCCACAUCGGCCAACUCUUUGUACAGAUUUUUACUUGACGAUCAAGAAUGUGCCAUUCAUGCAGACAAUGUGAAUCGUCAUGAAAAUAGAAGGUAUAUCCCCUUCUUGCCGGGAACGGGGCGGGAUAUCGAUACGGGAUCAAUUCCUGGUGUGGAUCAGUUAAUUGAAAAAUUUGACCAAAAACCUGGGCUGCAGAGAAGAGGAAGGUCUGGGAAGCGAAACAGAAUCAAUCCAGAGGACAGGAAGAGGUCCAGAAGUGUGGACAGUGCCUUUCCUUUUGGUCUCCAGGGGAACUCGGAGUACCUAACCGAAUUUAGCAGGAACUUGGGCAAGUCCAGCGAGCAUCUCCUCCGGCCGUCACAGGUGUGCCCGCAGAGGCCGCCGGCUCCCGAGCACCGCGGGAAACAGGGCGCGGGCCGCGCCUUCGCCAGGCUGCAGGGAGCCCACCCCCGGCCUCCGCCGCAGAACAGAGAUGGGAGAGUUCCAGAAAACAAAGGUGGUCAGGAAAGGUCAACCGUGAGCGCAUCCUCCCUCCCGGCACAGAAUAAAAAGGAGGAGGAAAUUAAAACAACCACUGCUACGCUGAUGUUGCAGAGUCGGGCGCCAGCAACGUCGCCUGACUCCGGUGCCAAGAAGAUUUCUGUGAAGACAUUUACUUCCACUUCCAAUACUCAGGCCACUCCAGAUCUGUUAAAAGGCCAGCAAGAGCUCACUCAACAAACCAAUGAGGAGACAGCCAAGCAGAUACUUUACAAUUACCUCAAAGAAGGAAGCACCGAUAAUGAUGACGCUACUAAAAGGAAAGUCAACCUGGUCUUUGAGAAAAUCCAGACUUUAAAGUCUCGAGCAGCAGGGAGCACGCCAGGAAAUAAUCAAGCUUCUAAUUCUUCAUCUGAAGUCAAAGAUCUAUUGGAACAGAAAAAUAAGUUGACCACAGAAGUGGCUGAACUUCAGAGACAGCUUCAACUAGAAGUCAAGAAUCAACAGAACAUCAAAGAAGAGAGAGAGAGAAUGAAAGCAAACUUAGAAGAGCUCCAGAGCCAGCGUGACACUAAGGUGGAAGAGAACUCCGUGCUGCAGCAGCGCCUGGAAGAAAGUGAAGGGGAGCUCCGGAAAAACCUGGAGGAGCUGUUCCAGGUGAAGAUGGAGCGGGAACAGCACCAGACUGAGAUCAGGGAUCUCCAGGACCAGCUCUCAGAAAUGCAUGAUGAAUUGGACAGUGCUAAACGAUCCGAGGACAGGGAGAAGGGAGUUCUGAUUGAGGAACUCUUAGAGGCAAAACGAGAUCUUCAAGAUCUGCUCAUUGCCAAAGAGGAGCAGGAAGACCUCUUGAGAAAGAGGGAGCGUGAACUCACUGCCCUGAAGGGAGCCCUGAAAGAAGAGGUUUCCAGCCACGACCAGGAGAUGGACAAACUGAAGGAGCAGUAUGACGCCGAGCUGCAGGCCCUGAGGGAGAGUGUGGAAGAAGCAACCAAGAAUGUCGAGGUCCUGGCCAGUCGGAGCAACACUUCAGAGCAAACCCAGCUGGAGGCUGAAACGCACAUGAAGGCUCUGCAGGAGGAGAACGAGAAGCUGCGGAGGAGCAUCGGCGAGCUGGAGUGCGGCGUUGCUCGGCUCCAGAGGCAGAUUGCUGACGUGAAAGGUGACGAAGCCAAAGCAAAGGAAACGCUCAAGAAGUGCGAGGUGGAACUGCGGCAAUUAGAGGAAGCCCUUGUGCAUGCAAGAAAGGAAGAAAAAGAAGCCAUGUCAGCCAGAAGGACCCUGGAGAGUGAGCUAGAAGACGCUCAGAGAAAUCUGAGUCGGGCCACCCAGGAGCAGAAGCAGUUGUCUGAGAAGCUAAAAGAUGAGACUGAGCAGAAGGAGCAGUUAAGGAGACUGAAGAAUGAAAUGGAGAAUGAGCGAUGGCACCUUGACAAGACCAUUGAGAAACUCCAGAAGGAGAUGGCUGACAUUGUCGAGGUGUCCCGCACGUCGACACUGGAGCUCCAGAACCAGCUGGAUGAGUACAAGGAGAAAAAUCGCAGGGAGCUUGCAGAAAUGCAAAGGCAGUUGAAGGAGAAAACUCUAGAGGCAGAAAAGUCACGUCUGACUGCCAUGAAAAUGCAGGAUGAGAUGCGCCUGAUGGAGGAGGAGUUAAAGGACUACCAGAGGGCUCAGGAUGAAGCGCUCACGAAAAGGCAGCUUCUGGAGCAGACGCUGAAGGACCUGGAGUACGAGCUGGAGGCCAAGAGUCACCUCAAAGAUGACCGAAGCCGGCUCCUCAAGCAGAUGGAGGACAAGGUGUCUCAACUGGAGAUGGAACUGGAAGAAGAAAGAAACAACUCGGAUUUGCUGUCAGAGAGGAUCACUCGGAGCAGGGAACAGAUGGAGCAGAUGAGGAACGAGCUGCUUCAGGAGAGAGCCGUGAGGCAAGACUUGGAGUGUGACAAGAUUUCCCUGGAGAGACAGAACAAGGACUUAAAGAGCCGGAUUAUCCACCUGGAAGGGUCCUACAGGUCCAGCAAAGAGGGGCUGGUGGUGCAGAUGGAGGCCAGGAUCGCGGAGCUGGAGGACCGUCUGGAGGGCGAGGAGAGGGACCGGGCCAGCCUCCAGCUCAGCAACCGCAGGCUGGAGCGGAAGGUGAAGGAGCUGGUGAUGCAGGUGGACGAUGAGCACCUGUCGCUGACCGAUCAGAAGGACCAGCUGAGCUUGCGCUUGAAGGCAAUGAAGCGACAGGUGGAGGAAGCCGAGGAGGAAAUUGACAGACUAGAAAGUUCUAAAAAGAAGCUGCAGAGGGAGCUGGAGGAGCAGAUGGACGUGAAUGAGCAGCUGCAGGGACAGCUCAACUCCAUGAAGAAGAAUUUAAGACUUAAGAAGCUGCCAAGUAAAGUGCUGGAUGACGUGGAUGACGACGACGACCUCAGCACCGACGGGGGAAGCCUGUAUGAGGCGCCGCUGAGCUACAGCUUCCCCAAGGACAGCGCCACCACCGGCCAGAUCUGAGUGCGCUUCCAGGGCUGUGGAGGUGGCCCAUCAUUCCCGCAGCCGCCAGCAGCAGGGGGCAGGAAAGGGAGCACCUACCUGGAGCAGACACCAUCGCCUCCUCUUCACAUCACAGGCCGAUUCCUCCCCGUCACCGUCCUCCUAGGAUCCCUCAGUGGUAGCGUGGCUUUCAUAGCUUAGCCAGGUAGCUACUGCAGUUUAAAUGACCACCACCCAUUGAGGUGUUUUGGAAAAUAUAAUUUGGCAGGAUGAAGCCCCUGUUCUGCACAGCUGUCUGCCAGCACCAUUUGCCUUGCUGCCCUUGCCCCCCUGCCAAGAAAAAGCGUCCAAAAUGCUAGUUAUUACUUAAUAGCCAGUGUGCAGGGGAGGAAAUGAUAUAUGGCUGUACAUAUUUUAAACCAGACUUUCUCACGGACUGCUGCUGUUCCAUUUUGGAAUGUUACAGAGGCUUUGUAGGGUGGCUUGUUUGUAAACUUCACACAUCUAUAUUAUUAUUUUUUAAAAUAUGAAGCUACUAGAUUUUAAGUAUUAAGGAGCAGAGGCGAGAGAGAAGAUAGAAUAAAGACCACUUUGGACAUCAGAGUUGGAAAAAAGAAAUUGUCGUGAUGAUAAGGGACAAUUAAUCCUGAGAAUGGAAAGUCAAGUGGUAAACAACCUGCUGACGAGGGAGAGAAAGUCAGGUCAUUUGUAUCUGUGGCCUUGGUUGCUUAUUUUAUCUAGAAUUUUGUUAUAAUUUCUGAACCAGGCUGAGACCAAUUCCCAGUCACCAGUUGCAAUUUCUUUUACACAGGUGGGUGGGGAGACUUGUAAGUAAGGUUUUGACAAAUGAUGUGGUUUCUGGAAGGACGGGGCCUCACUGUCAUGUCUUGUUGGUCCUUUCCUCCCUCCUUCCACAGCAGGCCUCCAAACUAUGCUCUCUCUGUCCCUGGAUGGGUGGUUGCUGGGUGGGCAAUAGGAGGAUGUGGGGUUCAUGGACUCAGGUGUGAGGAAGAGGGGGUAGGUGUCCAGUAAGGUCGUAGGGAAAAGGAGAGGGGAGAGGAGAUAAGCAGAUGUGUGGGUCGGGGUAGGAAGGAAGAGAAGGAAGAGAAAGAAGUUCUUGAAAGCUGGGGGAUGUGUAGACAAGAGGCAAAUUGAGCAGGACCUCAGGUUUAUGUCAGGAAAGGCAGGAAAGAAAUAGAAGUCAGACAGAGGUGAGUGUGUGCAAACUGGAAGGCUCCUUCCAACUCUGGGACGGAGGAACAUGGGCCAGCACCAGGCAAAGAGUGACCGGGAUUGGGUGAGGUCUGGGGCAAGACCACAUCACUGGUGACACCUGGCCUUCCUGGUGUCACCUCCCACUGUGACAGUCCUCAGGCAUGCCCAAAGGCCAAUUCACAGCUGGGCUCCCAUAGGUCAGGGCCAGGGAGAGCACCCUGUGAAUUGUGUAUAUGCAUGGGGCAGAGACGGCAGUGUUCAGCUGCUUCAGCAGUGUCCCCAAGCCUCCUAAUAGAGAGGAGGCCUGUGGACAGAGAACUCCACAACAGUUGCCACGGGGAGCAGGGAGUGUCAGUGCCCCACUACCCCAGGUCACAGAGCCCACCAAAUAGGAUUCAGAGUGAUUAGCCUGGUUCAAGGGCUGGUGUCAUCACCCCCCACAGGAGAGACAAGCCCACCUCCACCUCUGCUGGGUAGAGUGGUUCUUGCCUCUGCUUACUUACUGGGGCAUGGAGAGACUCCUGUUUUUAGCCAUUCAUUCAUUUAGCACAUAUUUAUCAGGUACCUAGGAUGUGUCAGGCACAGUCCCUGGCACUGGGAAUACAGCAGUGAAUAAAACAGAUCAAAAUCCUCCCCGUCCUGGUGCACAGUCAAAGGAAAGGUGGUGAUAGACCCCCUAGACCACAGUCACACAGACACAGGGGCUGAGCCCCUCUGCACCUGGCCCUGGAGCCCUUCUGUCCUCUGGGGAUGUGACAAGCCUGUGGUUGGUUGACUGGCUCACUGGAAUUCCCAAGGUCAUUGACCCUCAAUGUGUUCCUGAUUUCCCUGCUGCUUCCACCAUCAUUAGAUAUUUGCCAGGAAGCCUGCCUAGAAGUGCCUCCGCCGCUCAUGACUACGGCUUGGAGAUGAAGAAGGUUGGAGGCCCAAGAACCUUGGGAGCACGUGUCUGUCUUGGUUUGUGAGAAAGUUGCUGCCUCUCAUUCUGGCCAGUUCCUUCUGGUAGCCAUGAGGCUGGCUGCAGGAAGCAAAACUGCCCAUGAAAAGAGAACAGAGAUCACCAUUCAAAAGACUUCAUCCUUACCCAAAAAACGGGCCAUUUUAAAUGUUAACAAACGCGCCCUCCUCUGUGGUAAUGGAGCUGGCAGCCAGCUGGAUGCGUUCAGUGUAGCUGGGUGGGAAGAACACGGGACUGGAAGUUGAGUGAGGUGUUUUCAAGUCCUGCCUCAUCUUACCCCGGUGAUCUUGACAGGGGUGACCUUGACAGGGCAUGUGCUCUCCGAACCACAGAUCGUCCAGAACAAACAAAGACCAGGGCCCGAGGUCCUUUCCAGCUCUGACAUGCUAUCAUUCUUUGAUUUAUUAUAUACACACUUUUUUUUCUGUUUGUUGCUUUAAGAACUAACCCUACUCAAGAAUGUUUUCUUUAGCUAGCUUAAAAGGAAAAAAAAAAUUUAUUUAAUAAAUAUGUGGCCAAAUGCAAUACUGAGGAGACAAUCAUCCUAUAUCUUUAUAAUUUUUUUUUCCUGCUUCUGAAUGUUAUUUGACAAUGCCGGUAGGCUUGUUCUGUUGGGUUUCUGCUCUUGGGGCUGGUUUGGUUGCUUUGAUUUGUCAUGGGGAAGAGACAUUCUUAUGCAGCUACCUCCAUGUAAGUGAACUGGAUAAAGCAAGACUGUCUUUCAAUAAAGGGCGUCACCCGA